CGUCUAUUAUUUACAAUAAUCAAGAUGGCUCCCGGUGAGUAUGCGUCCGCUGGCUCCGGUAAGCUGAAAUUAAAAGGAGUCAAGGACGCCAAAGUGGACAAAAAGAAGAAGAAGAAACCUAGUAGCAAACCAAAGGACGAGGCUGGUGGCGUCGGUGACGGUGAUUCGUUCCAGGACAAAUCCGUCAUGUUGAAGAACCUGGAAGACGAAGAUGAGCAGCUCGCCAAGGAAGAGCGACGGAUGAUUGGAAUGGUUGAUGGAAAGGAAGUCGGGCCUGGUGCCGGAAUCAAGGACGAUGAAGAAAGAGAGAUUGUCAAGACCGAGGCAGAGAAGAGGCACGAAGAGCAACGACGGAAGAGGCUCGAAGAUCGACUCAAGCGAGAAGGCGUAAAGACGCACAAGGAACGGGUCGAAGAAUUGAAUCGCUAUCUCAGCAGUCUCAGCGAACAUCACGAUAUGCCUCGAAUAGGUCCAGGCUAACCCCAGUCCACCGGAAGCCGCUGCUGCAUUUCAAAAAAGUUCUACGCCCUAUGUCACUGCAACCACAAUCCUUACUUCCUGGCAUCACAGCUUUGUUGAGAAUCAUCAACAAAUGGGAUCAACCGCAACAAGACAUCCAAGACAUCGUUCAGACAUCGUUCGGCAGGCACGUAGACGCCCAUGACAGUGGUGAUCACGAAGCCGCAGAGAGAGGAGACUGAGACCACUGGAGCGCAGGUCUGGUGCCGACAGGCUUUAAGGCAAGGCAAGACGUUUGAUGCAGGAUGUUUGAUGAUGAAACUCCUUUAUUGCAUUCCACUGGUUCCGCUUAUGUACAAUAUUGCUGAACGACACCAUCAACUGGGAAGCUUAUUCCCCUGCGCCUCCCUCCUCCAAUCGUCCAG